CAGUCACUUGCAACCCUUUGGACGAGACGCAUGUGUCUGUCACGAAUCUGAACCCCACGAUUGUUACACGAGUCGUAUGCAAAUAAGCGAUUUCGAAAAUUUACAUACAUAUAUUUCCAGAAAUUAUUUAGUUAAUUGUGUAAGACUGGAAAUUUUUUGAAUAUUUAGUGUUUUGUGACAUUAUUUAUUUGUUGGUGGGUACUGUAAACUUUUUCAUACGGACCAUCUAGACCAGGAUCUGCUGGACUCAUUAUCAGAUCUGGACCACAUAACGGGAUUUUCUAAUCUAUGGAAAUCUGUCAUGUUAAUGGAAACAUUUAACUUUUCGACUUAUAUAUGAAGGGAAGAAUUUAGUUGAUUAUUUCUAGGUGAGGUCAUACCUUACGUGUUUACGUGCGUGUCUUUAUAACUGAAUUGAUCCCAUUAUUGAACCGUGUUUAAUGAUGGUAAAGUAAAGUAAAAAGUGUGUGAAAUUGGGACAUGAUUAUUACUUGCAUUCACUUUUUAUCAUUAACAAGUUUAUGUUAUAUGACAUAUUUUUAUUAUUAAAACUGUGCAUUGUGUAAGCUUCUUGUGUGAAGAUAAAUAAGUGCAUAAGUGACUGUUGCAAACAAAAAUAGUACAAAAAACAUGGAAUGGAAAAAAAAAUAUGAAAUUUGAACAUUAACAAUUUUAUUUUGGUGGAGCCGUUGGGAAACCAAAAUUUCGAAAAUGAGGGCAAAGAAAAGACUUUCUCCGGCGUGUUCGAAACUGUUCGGAGUGUUGUGUGUAAUUAUAUUAAAUUGUGUGUGUCACUCGUCAAGUGCAAAUGUUAAGGAGUCCAAUACCACGUCGACGGUGGUACCACCAAAUCUGUGCAAACUAGAAAGCAGUCUAUCCAGCGUGAUAGUGGAUAUUGAAGAAAGUAUUGGGGAUGAAAUUGGUCAAUCUACCACCCCGAAAGAACUUCCGAUCGUUGGCGACCCCUGGAAUCAGAUUGACUUGACCCUUGUACAAAGUGAUAAGCGAUACUUUCGCCUCCACGGAAAGAAAUUACAGCUGAGUGCACCCUUGGACAGAGAUCAGGAUGACAUUUCUUCAAUCGUAUUCCAGGUUGUGUGCAAAAUAAAAUCGACCGGAGAGAGCAGAACGAUACCGGUCAUAGCUCGAGUUUCUGAUAAGAAUGAUAACUCCCCAAUAUUCGUGGAUGAACCGUAUGAGGUUUCGAUUUCUGAGUCCACACCUGUCGGUUCCACAAUAUUCCGUGGCAUCCGAGCCAAAGAUGUCGACGCGGGUGUGAACGGACUAGUCGAAUAUUUUGUCGUAGAUUCGAAAGAUGAAAAACCGGAAGAAAAUGGAUUUGGUAUUUUCACCAUCAAUUUUCCCCACCAAGGUGCAAUCACCCUCAACAGAACGUUGGAUUAUGAAAAGAGCAACAAAUAUUUUGUCACUAUCGUCGCAUCCGAUCGCGCCUUCGACCCUUCGACGAGACGAUCCUCCACGUCGACUCUGACCAUCAACGUUUUAGACGAUGACGAUCAACCUCCCGCUUUUCAGAGGAAAGAAUAUAAUUCGACGGUAAUUCGAAGCGUGCUCACUGGAUUGUUAGAAAUCCGACCGGAAAAAGUUCAAGCAUUUGAUCAGGAUUCACUCCAAUCUCAAAUUCACUACACUUUCGUGAAUGGGACACCAGCUUCUUAUCUUUCUUAUUUUCUUAUCGAUGGAACCUCAGGAAUAAUUCGUCAAAUUCGCCCAAUCGAUAACGAUUUUGAAACCCGAUUUGAAAUAUUUAUAAAAGCAACGGAAGUGACGGAAAAGCGCAAAUUUGCCGUUGCAAGAUUAAAUAUUUUUGUCGCUGCGCUCAACUCGCAUCCACCCUCCGUUCAAGCGUCCUCUUUGGUUGGAUAUGUUCCCGAGAAUUCUCCAGUGGGGACGAUUGUGAGGUCGUUGAAUAAUCAGCAGCCGAUACAGUUUGCAGUCACGGAUCCGGAUUUGAGCCCGAACGAUCCCCGACCUCGGUAUGAGUUUGAGUUGACAUCGACCGGUUUCAAAGUUGAUGACGAUGGCGUUCUCAUCGUUGCGGAUUCACAUCUCGACAGAGACACGCCUAAUCAACCUCAACUCCAGUUUCAGAUGAUUGCUCGGGAAGUGGGUGACGACAAAGGUGUCAGUUCCGCUCCGUUAGUGAUUUUAGUCCAUUUAAAGGAUGUGAAUGAUAACAGUCCAAAAAUCCGACCUGUUCAUCCCAUCAUAAUUCCUGGAGGGGGGGAUGGACGUAGGCCAAUUUUUAAGAUCGAAGCGGAGGACAAAGACGAGGGAAAGAACGCCGAAAUUACCUUUUCCCUCACGCACAUCAGUAACAAUGGGACGAAUAAAUUUAAAAUACAUGAAUCCACCGGAGUUUUGGACUCCAUUGGCAAAUUUGCGACGGGCGAACAAUUCUCCGUUACUGUGCAGGCAACCGACGGUGGUGGACGAAUGGACCAACGGAUAAUCGAAGUCAAUGUGGUAGAUGGUCCAAACACUAAGGCCCCCUUAUUCACACAACUUGUCUACGAUGUGGGUGUGUCGGAAGGAUCAUCCAUUGGCUCUGAAGUUACAACAGUCGAAGCCCGUGACCCCGAGGGCAAAUCUGUUGUUUACGAUAUCGUGGCAGGAAAUGAACUCCAACACUUCCAAAUUGGUAAAAAUACUGGAAUCCUUACCGUUAACGGACAAUUGGACCGAGAGGAUUUAAGUCGUUACAGCCUCAACAUAAAAGCUGAAGAUGAUGGCGGGUUGUACUCAAUUUCGACCGUAAAUAUUCGAGUUUUAGAUAUCAAUGAUUGUAACCCGGCGUUCCUUCACCUUCCCUACAAAUUCACGGUGAAAGAAGGUCAACCCAACAAACUCGUAGGUCGACUCGAAGCCAAGGACCAAGAUGAAGAUCAAAACGGUCAAAUCCGAUAUGAAAUCGUGGAGGAUUCUCCAUUUAAAGUUGACCCCGUCACGGGAGAUGUCUUCACAAAAUAUGCGUUGGAUUACGAGAGACAGAAAGUGCAUUACAUCGUCGUCACUGCGAAAGAUAAUGGGCACGAUGCUAGAAUAGCGACGGCCACGAUGACCAUCGGGGUUGAAGAUAUUGCCGACACGGAGCCCGUUUUUAGCCAGUUUUCCUAUGAAGUCUUAAUACCAGAGAAUUCCCCCAGCAUGAAAGUCACGACGGUGGAGGCGAUCGACCCAGAUACUGAGAAACGUAUCACAUACUACAUAAAACAAGGUCCCUUUGACAAAUUUACGAUAAAUCCUGUAACCGGAGAUUUAUACACGACGCAAGGAUUAGAUUAUGAACGGGAUUCGAAACACAUUCUCAUAAUCGGUACGGAAGAGAAUGACAGUGGAAAUAUGGGAUCCACAACCACGGUUGUUGUGCACGUCAAAGAUUUGAACGACGUACCUCCCAUUUUCAACGUGGUUCCAAGGCCGAUUAGGCUCGAGGAUACUGCCCCCAUUGGAAUGGUGGUUACAAAAUUAGAAGCCACUGAUUCUGACGGAACCUCUCCCUUCAACAAAGUAAAAUAUGAAAUGAUUGGAAGAGGAAAGGCCUUGAGAUACUUUGACGUGAACCAUGAAACUGGGGCUGUCUCGAUUAAAGAUGACCUUCGUAAAGAGAUGGACACGGAGUACUUGAUCGAUGUCCGUGCCUAUGACUUGGCCGACCCUCCACUGGACUCGGUCGUCACUGUAAAAGUAAAUGUUGACCACGUCGCCACUGUCGCGCCGGAUGUGGGAGUCGGAUUUUCAGAAAUUGACUAUUCCGUCGACGUGCCAGAAUCCUCGGUGGGGGGAACAGUCCUAAAAAAAUUAGUCAUCAUUAACAAGCAAGACGAAGUGAUUCCAUUAGAUUGCAAAAUCACGAGUGGAAAUCAAGACGGAUUGUUUCAAGUGAAAGUAACUCCGGAACGAAAUUGUGAAGUUGUUCUUACUCGAACAUCCCUUGAUCAUGAGAAAGUGUCAGAAUACGAGAUACAAGUUGAACUACUCACGCUUCCUGGUGUGAUCAGCAGAAAAAAUUCGAUAGCAAACAUUAAAAUCAAAAUUGUCGAUGAAAAUGAUAACAGACCAGAAUUCCUGUUCCCUGAAAGUCAAAGAAUCGCUCGUGGUAAAAAGUUUUAUGGAGCAAUUUCUGAAGAUGCUCAAAUCUCAACUUCCGUCAUCCAAAUCCGUGCUGAAGACAAGGACAGUGGAGAAUUUCACGACAUUUCGUACGAUCUUGAAGCACAACACGACUUGACGAGAUCUUAUUUUGUCAUUGAUGCGAAAAGUGGAAUUGUUUCCAAUACGAAAGCAGUUGACGAUGUGUCACCGACCUUGUUACCAUUUAGACUUGUCGUCAUCGCGAGAGAUAACCCGAAAGGACCCAUCACAAAGAGUUUAAAUACGCAGAUUCCUCUCGUGGUCAACGUAAUAGACGAGCCUCACCGGAUGGUACUAAUAAUUCAAGGAACGACCCCUGACCGAGUAAAAAUCAAAGAGCGAGAUAUUCUCGAAAUCCUGCAAGAUUCGUCCAACUUAAUCAUUGGGAUUGAAAAAAUUGCAGCUCAUAGAUUCGUGUCGGAAAAUGGGACCCUUGAAUUGGACUCCUCCGCAACGGACGUCUGGUUUUACGCAAUUGAUCCCAUCACUGAUCACAUUUUAGAUAGGGAACAUCCCAAAGUGGCAGAAACGAUAAUGUCUCGGGAGAGUUCGAAAGGGAUUUCAUACUACGUUUCAAGUACUCUUGGGGUACGUGCUACGGAAGUGCGUAAACCGAUAACGCGAGCCCCACUGCCGCCAUCCCCGGUGGGUCCACUCGUGGAUGGAGCUUAUUUUGGAACAGCUUUUCCAGCAGCCUUGGUCGCUUUGGCGUGUCUGAUUUUUAUUGUCAGUUCUGCUGGGAUUUGCUUCAUUUGUUAUAAAUGGUCGAGAUACACAGCGUAUAAAGAUCAAGUUCAAAGGGUUGUUCGUCCCCCGAGAAGUUAUGAACCCGUUUACGUGGAUCACAGCCCUAGUUUGAAACAGUACGAGACUCAGGUUUUAAACAUGAGAGUCGCCGGAGAUGAGAUUGACAUUGAUGAUUCUGAUCUUCAAGUUGAUUUAAAUCGUAGCCGAAAUCAUAUUUACCAUAUCGACGGUUCCAGCAUAUUGGGUGGUCGAUCCAGCAGUCCCUGUUCCGACGGAUUAUCGCGACCCACAAGCUUCCCAGAACUGCCAACUUCCUCGUCUUCAAAAACACCAAUUUUGAAAACAUUUCAACAACACGUUGCUGGGAAGGCGGACUCUGUCACGAAUCCCAUUUAUGAAAGAUCUGAUGAUGACGACAUGUCCAUCAGUUCCCAAGUCAAUGACAAUGUCCAUUUCCGGAAAGAUCGGAUGAGAGAAUACAGUCGAAAUAAACCAUCAACAGAGCUAUAAUUUAUCUAGUUUUACCCAACCCACGUCACACACCUUAUCUUAUCUUUUGUAGUUAAACUCAGCUUAUUAUUUAUUUGUACACCUACCUUUAGUUUUAGGUAAAUUUAUGUUUUUUGUUACAAUGGGGAAAAAAUGGUUGGAUUAGUUUUACUCUUGUACAAUGUUAGCGAAACUGUUUUGUGGCCAUAAUAAAACUUUAUUUACGUUUUUGCAAUAAUGAA